AUGGCCGCCGAGAUGAAAACUGACCUGAAUUUACUCCUUGAAUGUCUUAAGUAUCAGAUGGACCAGCCUAUUUCUCAAAAGGAAGCCUUGGUUACUGUCUAUUCAGUUUGCCACCAAAACAAUGAUGCUAGUGAUUAUUUUCGUGAAAUAGGUGGUCUGAUGUUUGUAAAUAACCUGGUAAAGUCGAGUGUGUACAGCAUAGUAAAAGAAGCUGCCUUAUUUACUUUAGGAGGUUUAGCUGAGACCAGUGUGUUUUGUCAGGAGAUUCUGUGUACUUCUGGAUUAUUUGAAGACCUCCGUACAUUUCUAACGCAGAGGAAUUCCAGUGUGAAUUUGAAAAGAGUGUCUGUUUAUGUCUUGUUAGUACUUGUGUCAAAUAACAAGAGUGGGCAAACGUAUGUGAGAGAAUGUGGUUGCCUUGACAUUUUACUAGAAUUAUUCAGAACAACUCUUUCAGUGACUGAGGUGAACGUGUCAGAUCAUAAUAUUAACCAGUGCUAUCAGCUGUGGACUUCAGUUUGCAGUGCUCUCUGUGCAUGUGUCAAUAACCCCCAGAAUGAGGACAAUCAAAAAAGCUGCAGUUUGGUUUUUCCAUAUGCAAAAGACUGCCUGCAACGUUGUAUAAAACCUGAGAUCGUUCGCCCAAUUUGUUCAUUCAUUGGGCUCACCGUUGCCAAUAAUUCAAGAUUACAACAGUUUUUUGCUUCCAUUGGUGGAUUAGCUGUGCUGGAUGAACUUCUUGCCAAACUGAUAUACAAUUCAUCAGGAAAUUUGUCAAGCACAAAACUAGCAGUAGCGGUGACAAAGACCCUGGAUGCCUGUAUUGCUGAUAAUUAUGCAAUUGGAGCCGCCUUGGCAAGAUAUAACAUAGUGCCGAAUCUACUGACAUUGCUUUCUUACAGCAUGAUCAAUUCAAGAGAAAAAUUCAGCAUUAUACUUACCCUUGGACACUGUACAGAUGGUUGCGAGGAGAAUCAGUAUGUUCUGGUUCAGAACAACGGCCUUCCACUCAUGAUUCAGGCUCUAACUGAAUCACAGGACGAAGAACUAAACAAGGCUGCAACCUUUGUGCUUCAGAACUGCAAACGUAUCACUGAGAAAUUGUCAGUGAAACUAAGUGAGAAUUCCUCAAGCAGGGAGGAUGCAGGACAUUUGAAGGCAGACCUGCAGCACAGAGAAGAGACUAUUGAAGACUACAGGGUGAAAGCAAAACAGAUUCUACAUCGCAUUCAACAGCUUGAAAAUGAACAUCAAGAGGAAAAAGUGAGGAGACAGAUAUUUACUGAUGGUUAUAAUGACAUUUCUCCUGAAGAUGUUACACAGACUACAUCGAAGCACCUUAGAAUAAUCACUAGUGGUCAAAGCUCUAGUAGAGACACAAAAUGUACAAAAAAGAACCAACCAGUGCUAAAUUCGGUAUUGGGUGAACUGACUGCUACUAAACGUGUAAAUGAAUCAUCCAAGAAUGAACAGUUAAAGGCUAUCAAAAGGAAUCCAGUCAACACCACACUCAUUCAAAAUGACCACCAUAAUCUUCAUUCAAUUGGUAAAAAGGAAACGGCCAGCAUAAAAGAAGUCUCUAUUGCAAAUAAAACCACAGUUUUUCAAUCUGAUAAAUCUGAUAUUCAGUUAAGUGAAUGUUUGUUCACGCAACCAGAUCUUGUUGUUAAAAAUGUGACACAGCAAAUACCAAAUACAGAGCCAUUUAAAUUGGGUUCGAACAUAACAAAUUCAGCGACAAACCAUAUUCCAACUACUUCUAUGGAUCCUAAAAUAUCGGAAUUAAGAUGCUCAGGUUGUAUAACAACAGAACACUUGUUAAACAGUCGCAAUUUUUGCAAGAUUUUACAGUCUUGUCAACAUCUGUGUACCCAGCACAAAGUUAUUCUACAAACUGAAAUGAAAUAUAAAAGGAAUCUAAAAAGAUCUAUUAUCUCUAACAAGGAUUGUUCUACAGGCUAUAACGCAGAUCUUCAAGCAAAACAUGAUACAUUCAUGGAGAAACAAGCAAGCAAGCAAAAAUACAAUCCUGAAAAUGCAAGUCUGGGUGAAAAACAUACCUAUUCAUUUGAUGAUGAGGGUAGUGAGAUACGUUCAGUGGAUGUGCUUGCCACAGCUUUUAAAAAAAGCAAACGAAGAAUUAGGAAAGAUUUUACAUCAGAAGAAAUAAACUAUCUUUUAGAUGGUGUCAAAAAGAAGGGGCAUCACUGGAAUUCAAUUCUGUGGGCCUACCCAUUUCAGGAGGGACGGACAAACGUUGAUCUUGCUAAGAAAUACAGCAAGUUACAGAGGAGUAAAAAGAAUACAAACAUGUGACACUUUUGCACCACGUUGAUUUCUGCCAG